UACCUGUGCUUGAAUGUAUGAGGUUAUGCAAUGCUAUCUAUUUUUAUUUUCUUUUGAAUAAAUAUGGACUUUUUAGAAUGUUUUUAACCCUUGGUUACAGUAAAAAAAAAAAAAAAGCAGGUUUUAAAAGUGUAGAUCUCUGACUCGUAGAAAGACGGAUAGCAGGCAAGCAGUCAACUUCACAGCAUUAAAGGUAAGAAAACUCUCUCUUUUGAGACUGAAGCUAUAAAGAUUUAAUUAGGGAACCACAAGGUAGAGGAAAUUAAACCAAUUACAAACAUUUAUUAUAAAUAGCAACUAACUUGGUUUUCAUGAUAUGUUUAUUUGUGUAAUAACUUAUUUUACUGCUUUUUGUGUGGUGGUACAGUUAUAAUUUGAAGAUAAUGUGUUGACUUUAUCAUGUAAAGGGUAAUCAAUAACUAAACUGUUCUUCUUUAAGCAGGAUAGUCAAACAAGAAAGAGAAAACACUGACAUACACAUCCAAGCAAUGUCUCAAGCUCCAAUGGAUAUCAGUAAUGUGGAUGAACAAUUAUGUGAAGGUCAGCAGCAUGUGGAAAACAGAGACCUGGAUCAGCUGAAUAUCUCUGAGAAAUCAGGACAUCGCUGUGACCACUGUGGAAAGGGUUUUAAGAGCUCUUACUGUCUGAAAAGACACCUGCCUUUCCUCUGCUAUGAGUGUGGGAAGCGAUUCAGGCAGAGUGGACAUUUGGAUCAGCAUCUAUACAUUCACACCGGCGAAAAGCCUUUCGUCUGCCAUCAGUGUGGGAAAAGCUUUGCUCGUAGAUCUUCUCUGAGAACCCAUCUACAUAUCAACACCAGAGUCCCUACAUCUGCAGGAGGUGUGGAAAAAGCUUCAGACCAUUGAAAUCUGUGCAACAUCAUCUGGAAAUUGACACAAGAGAAGAAAAUCCUACCAUAGCAGAGGCUUCACUUCCUGUUUGGUUCUCAUGCUUCUCCUUAUCUGAGACCAAAGCUUAACGUCUUUAAUAAAAUUCACU